AUGUCGGGUAGUCCAGACGUGAUCAUGAUGAUCCACAUGACCUCGACGGGCGCAAGCGGAAAGACGGACAGGCCGCUCUCGUCCUUGAAAGCCAGACCGAUCAAGAGGGUGCAGGCCUGCGCAAUGUUGCAAGCGAGAACGUGCAGCACAAACUUUUGGAUAUUGUCAAACAUGCGGCGGCCCUCCUCGACGGCGUUGAGGAUGCUGGCAAAGUUGUCGUCGGUGAGGAUGAUGUCGGAAGCCUCCUUGGCCACGUCGGAUCCGCUCUCUCCCAUGGCGAUGCCGACGUCGGCGCGCUUGAGGGACGGCGAAUCGUUGACGCCGUCGCCCGUCAUGGCCACGAAGCGGUUGCGGCGGUGGAGCGCCUCGAUCAUGCGGACCUUUGUCUGCGGUGCGCAGCGCGCCACCACCAGCGGCAGGCGCGGGAGGCGGUCGAUCUGGUCGUCGCUGAGCUUGUCAAAGUCGCUGGCUGCCAUGACCAUGGUCUUGGCCACCCUGGUGGAACUUCUUGACCGAAGGCGCCGACUCGGGACGGGGCGGGUCGUAGAUGCCAAUGAGGCCCUGGAAGACGAGCUCGUGUUCAAAGUCCUUGCGGUCGAGGCUCUCGUGGUUGUCGACCUUGCCGAUGUUGCGCUUGCUGGCCAGAGACAAGACGCGCAGACCGAGCUUGGCCAGGACCUCGAGGUUGGCAGUGAUGUCCUUCUCGUGCUCCUCGGUGAAAGGGAUGAUGUCGUCUCCCAUCUGGAUCUUGUGGCAGGACGGAAUGACGCGCUCCGUGGCGCCCUUGGUGAAGAGGCUCGUCUCGCCGGUUUCCGUGUCCUCGAAGAUGACCGACAUCUUCUUGACGUCCGAGUCGAAGGGGAACUCGGCGAUUUGGUUCCAGCGCUUGCCCUCUCCCGAGAGGCUGAGACGGUUCCAGUCGAAGCGGGUGGCGAAGACCUGGAUGGCGAUCUCGGUCGGGUCGCCGCGGGCAUGCCACUCGCCUUCCUUGGUCUGGUGCACCGUCGCGAGGUUGGCCAGCGAGGCGAGGUUGAGGUAGUCUCGCAGCAGUGGCGUGUCCAAGACCCGCUGCUUGGCCUGGUCGUUGGGGAUCAGCGUACCCUCGGCGUCGGCGCCGCGGAAGUUGAUCUCGCGGGGCUGCUCCGGGCGGUGGCCGAUCUCGCCGACGGUGGGGUUGAACGGCUCGCCGGUCUUGCUGACCGAGUAGGUGCCGUGUCCGGGAAUCCAAGCCUUGCGGACAACCAUGUUACCCUGCGUCAGAGUGCCGGUCUUGUCCGAGCAGAUGUUGGUGACGCCGCCGAGGGCUUCGAGGGACUUGAGCUUGCGCACAAUGACAUGGCGCUGAACCAUCCGUUUGGUACCGGCGGCCAUGGUGAUAGUCAGGACGACGACGAGCGAGGCCGGAAGCAUGGCAACACCGGUCGCCACGGCGUAGAUGACAACUUCCUGCGAGGUGUCGAACUCGUUGGCACCAAGGACGAUGAUGGCGCAAAUGAUGGCGGUGCCGAAGAGGACGACGGCCAACUUUGCCAGCUUGCGCUGCAGCGGAGUUCCGACGUUCACACCCAGGAAACGACCAAUGGCGUCAGUGACGGUCAGGGACCAGGCUUGCAUGUGCCGGCCAACACCAGCCGAGCCGUCCUCCUUGCGCUUGACAGGCCGGCGCUUCGAGUCUUUGCCGCGGAGGGCCGCAGCGAUUUGGCCAAUCUCGGUGUACAUGCCAGUCGCGAAGACGAUGCCCCUCGCACGACCUUUGGUGACGGUCGACGAGCUGUAAGCCACGUUGAGGCGAUCUCCCGGUCCCGUGUCGUCGUCGUAGGUCUGAGCGGCUUCUUUACGGAUCGGGAGCGACUCGCCGGUCAGGAGCGCCUCGUUGGUCUCAAAGUUGACAGCCUCAAUGAUGCGCACGUCGGCCGGGAUGGCACAAUCUCGACCGUCGGCACCGUGGUGUUGCGUCCAUCGCGGACGGCCUGCGCCGUGGGCGAACUCAGGGACCGUAGCGAAUCCAUCGUCUUUGCGGCCUUGAGCUCCUGCUGGAAGCCCACCGUGAUGUUCAAGAGGAUGACCGCCGCCACGACGCAACCCUCGAUGAUGGACUCGAUGCCGAAGGAUGCCGCCAUGGCCAGGAUCAGCACCAAAGUCAUGGCGUUGGCGAUCUGCGCGAUCAGGAUGUUCCAGGGUUUCACGCCUUCCUGCUCGCCAAACUCGUUGCGGCCAAACUCCUCGAGGCGCUUCUUGGCCUCGGCCGGAGUCAGACCGUCUUCCGGGUUCGCCUGUAGCUCCUCCACUACCUUCUCUGUUACGAGGGCGUGGGGCGGCCGCGAGAGCGGCUUGUUGGAUUGGCCCGAUACAUGGUUAGCCAAUGCCUCCUCGGCGGCUUUGGCCGAUUUGCUGGGCAUGGUUGAUCUGGCGACGUCUCGGGUCCUGCUAUGA